UUUUGCAUCGCGAGCGGGUCGGUCGUCGAAACGGAUUCGAAUUGGAGUCGGAAUAGCGGGUUACCGGAGAGCGGGCGCCUUUCUGUGUGCUUUUGAAAAAAGUUUGUUUGAAAAAAUAGUAAAGCAAACGGCGCCGCUAAGUGUGCGCGAGUGUGAGUGUGCCCCUGUGUUUUCGUGUGUUUGCAAAUACAAAAGAAGCAGCCCCCAAGCAAAAACAACAACAAAGUGUCGACUUUGGCGGUGGCAGUGCAGUAAGAGCGACGCAGCAGCGCAGCGGCAGCGACGUCCAGUGCAUUUUGGUGCAAACUAGUUGUUGUUGUGAGAGCGAAUGUGUUUCAAUGAUGUUACUGCCUUCGGGGCGUUCGAAUAGUGAUGUCUAUCCGCUACAAAAUUCCGCCAACACAACAGCAACAUCGGCCGGAGGAGCAGCCACUGGAGGCGGAGGAGGUGUCACAGGCGGAGGCGAAGGCGGAGGAGUAACAUCCAAGCCCAAGCCCUUGCUACUGACACGAACAUCGUCGCCGCAAUUGACAACACUGCCGACAACAAAUGGCUCCGUUGUCCAUGCCACGCCCACCCGCUCCAACGGAUAUCCCCAGCCCCAGUCCCAAUCCUCUGGAAUCCUCGCUGCAACAACAGCCACAUCAAUGGCAACAGGCACAUCCAGCGCAACGGAGGCGACUGCGACUACAACAACGGAGCUAUUAACUGGGAAUGCCACUGGAAACGGCAGCGGGAUCUAUGGGCCACUUCUGGGUCAAAGUCAUGGGGGUGUCAAUGCUGGCGUGGCCGGAAAUUGGCCAGAAAUUGAUGGACACUUGGAGGCCAUUCAGGAGAAGCUCAAGCCCGGCUGGAGCGUUCAUGUGGGCAAGGAAGGCAGGCUCUACUAUUGCAAUCACAUGACGCAAUCUGCGGGUUGGCUGCCUGCCUGCGAGGACUGGAGCAAACACGAGGAGCUCUCUUAUGGCUGGGAGCGUGCCAUAGACUCCAAGGGUCGUUCCUAUUAUAUCAAUCACCUCAAUAAAACGACUACCUACGAGGCCCCCGAAUGCAUACGCUGGGAUGAGCAUCCUCCAGAGCCACGGCAGGUGCAACUUCAACGGAAUGCCAGCCUGGGAUUUGGAUUCGUGGCUGGUAGCGAACGUCCCGUAAUCGUGAGAUUUGUGACUGAGGGCGGUCCCAGCAUCGGAAAACUGCAGCCGGGCGACCAGAUCCUGGCGGUGAACGGGGAGGAUGUGAAGGAUGCGCCGCGAGAUCAUGUCAUUCAACUGGUGCGGGCUUGUGAGUCGCAGGUUAACCUCUUCGUGUGUCAGCCCAUGGCGCACUGCAUCCUGCCAGGCAGGAAAUCCACUCUCCUCUCCGCGGGAAAGCGAGCCAAGCUGAGAUCGCGUCCUAGUCGAGUGAGAUUCGCCGAGAGUGUGUGCGUCAAUGGAGCACCCCUGUUUCCGCCUUCGGCCUUCUCCCUGGGAGACAUCUGCGUGCCCCCGAUGGCCAAUGUGCUGAAGGUGUUCCUCGAGAACGGCCAGACCAAGUCGUUCAAGUACGACGCCACCACCACGGUGCAGGAUGUGGUCAGCUCGCUGCUGGACAAGCUCUGCCUCUGCUGCGGGGAGCUCUUCAGUCUGGUGCUGGAGCACGUGAAGAGCCUCAAGCGGAAUAAGCUCACUUUGCUGGAUCCCCAGGAGUCGCUGGCCAGGAUUGCUGCUCGUCCGGGUGCCCACAAGCUGAGGUGUCUCUUCCGCAUCACCUUCGUGCCCAUUUCGGCGGCGGAACUGGCACAGCGGGAUCUGCAUGCCCUGGACUACCUGUACUUGCAGUGCUGCAACGAUGUCAACCAGGAGCGAUUCGCGCCCGAGUUGCAGCCAGAGUUGGCCCUCCGAUUGGCCGCCCUCCACAUGCACCAGCACGCCCUGGCCAACAACUUUUCCCCCGCCAAGCUCACCGUCAAACUGGUCGAACGCGAGUUCGGUCUGGAGCGCUUUGUCCCAGUCAGUCUUUUCGAGGGCAUGAAGCGGAAGGAACUGCGACGGCUGAUUUCUCACUUCCUCAAGCUCAACGCCGAGAUGACAGGAUCCUCCAGCAAGGUUCUCACACAGCUGCAGGCCAAACUCCAUUAUCUAGAUAUAAUCGCUAGCUUACCAAGCUAUGGAGCCAAAUGUUUCAGCACAAACCAAAGAGAGGGCGUCGAGCGCGUCCUGCUGGUGAGUCCGCGCUUUGGACUCAGCCAGAUAUCCAGUGCCCGGAAUUCGGUGCAGCCCCAACCUAUUUCCGCCAUCGAGGACUUCACCCAUGUGGUGGUUAAUCGCGAGGACGAUGUCACCUGCAGCGUAUCCAUAUUCAUGCUGGGCGAUCGAGCCGUGAAGUUCAUCAUGGAGGAUCGCGAUGGCUGCGAGUUCAGUCUGGUCCUCGGCGGCUACUAUCGACUACUGACAGGUAACAUGCUGAAUAUUCUGCGGGAGCGGGAUCCGAACGACGAGGACAACUCGCCCGGUUUCCUGUCGCAGCACACAGUGCUGCCAGCGGGAUGGAGCUACCUGCUGCCCUUCCACACGCGAGCGCACAGCGUGAACUUCCUGAUGGCGCCGCCCUACCAUCCGCUGGUGGAUCAGAGGGGUCAGCUCCAGCAGCAGCAGCAGCAGCAGCAGCAGUCUUUGGUGCAGGCAGCCCCAUCGCUGCCCUACGCCAUGGACCUGGAUCUGCACAGUGUGAUGGCCACCGAGCUGCUGGAGGAGGCGGCCAAGGACUCGGGUCUGAGCGACAGCAGUGGCAGCAAUUACUGCGAGGGACGCAGCCACUCGGGCAGCCAGAAGCUGGAGGCCAAGAACGAGCAGGUGCUGAGGAGGGUGCAGGAGCUGCAGCACCUGGUCCAGACCUCCGAGCAGUACUUGAGCGAGCAGGAGCAGGGCGUGGGCGGCGGUGGCGGUGGCGGUGGCGGAGGCGUGGCCAUGCUGGAAUUCGACUCCGAUUGCGAUAGUCUCAACAGCAGUAAGGUCUCCUCGACGGAGGAGUCGCAGGGUGGCUUGGUUUUGGGCCCAGGAGUGACCAUUCCCGCCGGGCAUCCCCUGAAACACAGUGACUCGCUCACACUGCUGGCCGAGACGAUUAACCACGAGCUGAGUGGCAUAACGCAGGGCUUGAACGCCAUUCCAGAGACCGCACCAGUGUCCACAUCCGCUCCUGCCACCCCGGCCACGCCCAAGCGGAAGCCCAGUCUGUGCAGCACCUCCAGUCCGCGACCGCAGAGGAAGCUCAAUGGCUUCAGUCAGCUGUUGAGUGACUUGCAGGCCCUGGGCACCGAUUUCUCGCAGAGCGAGAGUGAUUCGGAGUCGGUGGCCUCGCCGGCACAAUCGCCGACAGCCAGGAGGCCCCAAAUGAUGCUGCUCCAGGCAGCAGGCACCAUGGGACCGGGAUCGGGAUCGGGAUCGGGAGCAGGAGCAGGACCAGUCAAACAGCAGCUCUCGCAGAGGAGCAGUUUCGGGCUACACAGUCCCGAUGGCACGCAUUUCGGAGCGGAGACCAAGGACUACAACCUGCGGGAGUAUCUGCAACAGCUAAAGGAGAUUAGCAAUGCGGCAACAGCCGACACGGAUGUGGCUGCCCGCCAGCUAUCCGAGAUCUAUGGCUUCGAAGUGAGGGAGGACACCUUCAUAGAAACCGAUACGGAUCUCAUAGAUCUACGUGCCAUUCCGCCGCCUCAGACGCCCGAUGAGCUGGACUCGCUGUCCCUGAUGAAUGCCGCUCCGCCCAAGGGAUUCGAGGGCAAGGCCGAGGAGCUGGACAGUUUCCUGCAGCAGAUAAUGGUGGCACCACCCACCCAGAAGGCCACACCCGCCAAGGAGCUGACCCCCGAGGAGAUUAUGUCGUUCAUCAUACCACCACCCCCGAAUUUGGAGCAGCAGCCAGUGGCGCCUGUGCCCCCGGAAACGGAGUGCCUCUAUAGCAAUUCGGUGCAGGCCAAGCGGGAGUUCUUCCAAUCGGUGGCCAAUGGAAACAACGGCAGCAGUAGCCACUCGCCGCAUGUAAUCGAAUAUGCCACCGUGGAGCGGAAGAGCAAGUUCAGCUGCUGUCCCACCAGCAAGAAGGAGGAGCUGCCGGAGGCCGACGAAUUGCAGCCGCCGCCCAGGACACCAACCGCUGAGCAAUUGUCGCCACCGCCGGCGAGGCCACCGAAAAGUGCGGAGCUCCUGCAGCGUUACUCGCCCAAAAAGCAGGUGAGGAUCGCUGCCAGCCCAGUGAUGCAACCGCAGGAGCGACGAGAUAGGGAGCUCUGUCCCCCACAACUGCCGCCGAGGGGAAGUCCCACGCUGGAGGGGAACGGGAACCAGAGCAACGCAACCACAAACCUGGUGAGUGGCCCCAAGAAACCCCCGCUGCCGCCCAUCGCAAAUCGGCCGCGUCCCCUGAACGGGGUGAAUCCACCUCCGAGUAUUUCGUCACCCGGAUCUGCACCACCUGCCCACUACUCACCACCCAUACCGGCCACCGUUCGUUUGCCCCACCUGAACCAGACCAAUGGAACCCUACCCAUGCUACCCAAGAAACCGCAGCAGCUGCAUGGCGAGAAAUUGUUCCUCAAGAAUGGUCACCUCAUUGACGGCGAGGCGCUCUUGGCCAAAACGGACGUGGCCAUGGCGGGCCUGCUCAUCAAACUGGACCAGGUGGCCGCCCAGUGUUCAGUGGCCCAGGCGGCCGGCGGUGGCACCUCCAUCGACGAGGAUAAGUUCCAGCGGGCCAGAAACGAGCUAACCGAACAGACCCUGGCCCUGGUCACGGCCAGUAAGUUCCUGGUGGCCUCCAUGUCGGACAUGACAUUGAUAACGCUGCCCGAGCACCUCACCUCCUGCCUGACGGCCAUUCGGAGGAUCACCGAGCUGGCCCAGGACAUGACCAGACACACAUCGGCGCCCCUGCAAACGCGGAAUAUUGUGCUCAAGGUUCACGACGUGGCCAGCAGUUUCAGGGAGUUGGUGGGCGUGGAGAUCGGACCCAUCGGAGCGGGGCAAUUGGCCCUGCAGGCCGAGUGUCUGGCCAAUGUGCUGGCCACUCUGCUGCGAUCCCUGCGCGUAUUCUCCCCAUAACCCAGAGGAACGGAGGGAGGCACAAACGGAGAAGCAGUCGAAACUGAAGAGGCCCCCGAUGGCAGCCCAUCAUCCAAUCCCGACAUAUCGCACGCUCGUCUGUCCAUGUGCAAAUCCCCCUACACCACCUACGUCUAGAGGUCCCAAAAACAUAUGCACCCACAGCUACAGCUACGAGUAUAUCCGAAAAUACAGUGUCUCUCGAAACUAAUUUACAGGUAAAGGGCCGCGUCAGAGAGUCGAUGGUCUGAUGGCUCGUUGGGCUCAGCCAUGCUUAAUACUCACCUGCGACUAAUAUCGAUACUGGAAUGUGGAAGCUCAAACGAGGAGAUCGUAAACGAUGUGGUGGAUUGUACUCGUGGCUAUGGGAAUAGAAUUUGCCAAUUUACAUAUCGCAACAUGUUGUGUGGGAAAUAGCGAAAGUAUUUAGGGGAUAAGAACUAGUUACAUAUCUCAACGAUCAGGAUUUGAGCCUUUUUCAAAUAAGUAAGAGUAAUAUCUUGCAAUUCUUAGGCAAAACCUUUGUUUAUUAACCAUAUCUUUUAUAACAAUUUUUUAAAAACAGAUAAUUUUCCAAUAGGAAAUUAUUUUAUAACCUUUUCUUCAAAUUGUUUUCUUUCGUAAAAUUCAAAAUGAUUUUCUUUAGCUAUUUAUUUUUAAUUUUUGUGUGGGAUUAAAACAAUUUUCUAAAUUUUCUAAAAUUUGUUCACUUUUUCUUCCUUAUUUUUACUCAGUAUAUAACCCAAAGUACCAUAUCGAAAAAUAUAUAUCUCUUACCACUCAGGACAUACCACCACAUCGCUACGAUCUUCAAAAUAAAUAUAUUUCUUAAAUAUAAAAACGAUUUAUAAUUCUAAACAAUACAAAAAUUCUCAUCUUAACGCAUGCAACUAACUCGAAUUUCUAUGUAAUCUCCUAAAAAUCAACUAUUUUAACUAUAUUUAUACAAAUAACACUCGACUCGUUAGUACUGCUCUGUAUACCAAAUCAGAACCCAUACCAAUUCCUCACCACAAAAACUAAAACCCAAUUUAAUGGAACACCAUGACUUGAUUAUCUAGACCAAUUUAUAUGAGAAACUAACGGAAAUAUGUUUAUUAAAUUAUGCUAUUAGAAUAUUUUCUUAUGUAAAUAAUUUACACACAUACCUAAUAUCAUAUAUCAUAUAACUAUAAAUAUAAUAAAAUUGACCAAACAAUAAUCAAAAUUUUAACUUGUGAUAUAAAAAAAAUGGUAAAAGUAAAAGCAAAAAAAAAUUAAAUAUUGAAAAAAAAAACUUUUACAUUUUCUUUGUUUAGCAAAAAAUGUUUUAACAGGAUUAUUUUAUAUAUUCGUUGUUGUUAAAAUACGAUCAACAUUUUUGUUAUUGUUUAUGUGUCAUACCUUUUGUUGUAGUUGUUGGUGAAGUACAAGAAUGCGCACUAAGUUGUAGCUUUAACUAAUUAUUGUAUACAAUAUGAUUAAUCAUUAUUCAAGGGAAACAGAAAAUUAAGAUUAAUCCGUUUAAUAUAUAACUAAUCGAUAAACAAUUGUUUUCAGUUUGUUGAAAAUUUUCUGUUGAAUCAAGCACACACAUAUGCAUAAUAAACAUAACCAUAUAAAAUAUAUACAACAAGAAAUAUACAAAUAUGAACUAAAAUUAAUAAUACAUAUUAAGUAAAACAUAAUCAAAUGUACAAUGUAAAACAAUGUAACUGUUUAUGAUUUAAUGACAAAAAAAAACAAAAUGCAUAUGAAAUUGUAUGGAAUAAAUUCAAUAAAAUAAACCAAAGUAAAAUAAA